AUGAAGCUGAUAAUAUUGAUAACUAUAAUCGCUUUCGUUCACGGAAACCAAGAAGUGGAAGUACUAAAAGAUAAUGUGCACAAUCCAUUCCAACUGGUAGUCGACUACCAAACCAACACCCUGUUUUUCAGUUACUCUUCUUUGUUCCAAGGAAAAACGGUUCUUAAAUCCGUUUACUUGAACCUGAACACUAAAGAGUUCGGCGAAAUAUCCGGCAUCAAUUCGGGCAUAGCUACUGCAUAUGAUAGAAGCAAACACGUUGUGUACCUUGGUGGACAGGAUGGGAUAUAUACAUUUGAUUACACAACGAAAUCUGCAAAGAAUUUGCGUGUGACAAGUUACAGCAUCUGGCAAAUGUUCCAUUGUCCCGUCCACGGCCUCUACUUCACGACUUUCAAUCCUGACGAAAAAGCGUUUGUCUAUUCUUACGGUCAAGUAGGACCUGUACCUGAACUCACCGACAUCAAAACAAGAUUGAUUGCUGUCGGCCAAAAACACGAUAUAUAUUUUGCUAACUCCGCUGGUAUAUUUGUACUGAAAACUAUCGAUGGAGUCUUGUAUAAAAUACAUUUAGAAACUUUUAUUGUUAAUGGAUUCGCAAGUGACAUUAAUGGUAAAUUAUACUUUUCAACUCCGAAUGAUAUUUUUUACAUAAAUGAAGAUGCAGGCACAUUGGAUCGAGUCAUCAGGGUGCAAGAAGGUGAAUCUAUUUGGGGUGUAGCUUUUGCCGCGGACGGUAGCAUGAUUUACGCUUUAGAUGACAAAAUAGUGAUGAAGAAAAAAGACUAA